CGGCAGCAGCGUCCCCUCGUCUCGCCGUGUCCCCGUGCCACCACUCGUGGAAGCAGCCAUGGCUCCCCGCUGGCCGUCCCUGCUGCUCCUGGCCUGUGCGUUGGUGCUGCUGGUUGGGCACCGCAGUACUGCCAGCCCUGAGCAGCCCACCUACCCUGGGGACGACGCGCCCGUUGAGGACCUCGUCCGCUUCUACAAUGACCUCCAGCAGUAUCUGAAUGUGGUCACACGGCAGAGGUACGGGAAGCGGUCAGGCAGCCGUGCGCUGGGCGAGGAGCCCUUCGGCACCGUGGGGUGUUGAUCCCCAGGGGUGGCAUUGCAGCCGAGCGGGUGAAGAGGAGCGUGGGCGGCACAACCCCUGCUGCGCCUGCUGCACCCACCACACCUGAAGCACUUGCAGCACCCACAGAACCUGCAGCACCCGCAGCACCUGCAGCUGCUGUCACCCUGGGGCCAGGAUGGCCCCCAAAA